UAACCACAAACCAAUUGCAGACCCAUUUUGGGAGUGCGUACUUAUUGGUUAACAGUGUGUAAAACGUUGCUCAGACCAACACUCUCAGCUUCUGUCUCUGUUUCGCUCUCGAGCUCUGUCGCUGGAAAAACUUCAGACGCACCGUUAUGUCACCGACCGGGACUUUUGCUGGGCUCGCAUUUCUCAUCCUAGCCUUCUACUGUGGAAUUGACCCUUUAAAGCACAGUGCAAUCUCGGAGUUCCCCGACUUCGAAGCAUACGCCGUCGAGAUGCCAGCUUGGUCCCAGGUCCCUACCGACAGAGACACCCAGAACUUGCUGCAGAAAUCCGAAAUCAAGUUCCUCAACCAAAUCCAGGGCCCCGAAAGCAUAGUGUUUGACCCCCUUGGCCGUGGACCUUAUACCGGUGUCGCUGAUGGGCGAGUCCUGUUCUGGAACGGUCAGUCCUGGACCGAUUUCGCUUACACUUCACCGAAUAGGUCAGAACUAUGUAAUCCAAAACCAUCACCUUUGAGUUACUUGAAGAAUGAGCACAUAUGUGGCAGGCCUUUGGGGCUUCGUUUUGACAAGAAAACAGGUGAUUUAUACAUUGCAGAUGCAUACUUUGGGUUAAUGAAGGUAGGACCAGAAGGUGGCUUGGCAACAUCACUAACAUCUGAGGCAGAAGGGGUGCCAUUGAGGUUUACCAACGAUCUUGACAUUGAUGAUAAAGGGAAUGUUUAUUUUACAGAUAGCAGCGCCAAGUACCAGAGGAGGAACUUCAUGCAGUUGGUUUUUUCUUCAGAGAGUACUGGUAGAGUUCUGAAAUACAAUCCAAUAACCAAGGAAACCACUGUCCUUGUGAGGAAUCUCCAAUUUCCAAAUGGGUUGUCCUUAAGCAAGGAUGGUUCCUUCUUUGUCUUUUGUGAAGGAUCCAUUGGCAGAUUACGUAAGUAUUGGUUGAAAGGCGAGAAGGCAGGGGCUACAGAGGUACUAGCAAUCCUACCUGGAUUCCCCGACAAUGUCAGGACUACUGAAAAUGGUGACUUUUGGGUGGCAAUCCACUGUCGACGAUCCUUAUAUACUCAUUUAUGCGCAUUGUACCCAAAGAUUAGGAAAUUUAUUUUCAAGCUCCCAAUUUCUGCGAAAAUUCAGUUCAUGCUACACAUUGGGGGCUGGCCCCAUGCAGUUGUUGUCAAGUACAGCCCAGAAGGUAGGCUUUUGCAGAUAUUGGAGGACAGUCAGGGGAAGGUUGUCAAGGCAGUAAGUGAAGUGGAGGAAAAGGAUGGGAAACUAUGGAUGGGGAGUGUGUUGGUGCCUUUCAUUGCUGUUUACAACUUGGCUUGAAGCAAAAUAAUUGAUUUUGGAUUUCCUAAUUGUAGCCAACCAAUGUUGAGGAUAAAUAGGUAGCUAAUUCCUCCCCCUCCCCCUCCCCCCUCCUCUUCUCAACAAACAAAAAAGAAACUGCUUGUUUUCUCCUUAUUUGUGCGCUUUUGAGGAAUCGGAAAUCUCAGGGGCAGAACUAGAAUAUCAGCUUAAGACCUCCAUACUUUCUAAUGACCAAGUUUUUUUUUAAUGUA